ACGGACAGCUCACAAGGUGAAAGGGGCAGCGAAGGCCCCCUGGGGCGCCAGGCAGUGGCUGACGUGUCGGCGGGGAGCGGCGGCGGCGGCGCCGGGGAGCACCAUGUCGAAGGUCACCUUUAAAGUGACGCUCACUUCGGACCCGCGGUUGCCGUACAAAGUGUUAAGCGUGCCUGAAAGUACACCUUUCACAGCUGUCUUGAAGUUUGCUGCUGAAGAAUUCAAAGUUCCUGCAGCAACAAGUGCCAUUAUAACAAAUGAUGGAAUAGGAAUAAACCCUGCACAAACAGCAGGAAAUGUAUUUCUAAAGCAUGGUUCAGAUCUACGGAUAAUUCCCAGAGAUCGAGUUGGGAGUUCUUAGUGUCUACUGAAAGCUUUGGAAUAAGUGACGUUGCCGCGCAGCAAAGGUCUAUUUAUUUUGGAACUCCAAAAUGCAGCUAAUGAAUUGGCCUUUUUUUAAGCUAGCAAAAAUUACUUCCCAGGAUUUGUUUUUUUAAACAAAGAUAAGGUUUCAUUUUCUUGUUAAAAUAUAUUAACUCAUACACUGAUUCUUCCUUGACUAGUAGAAGAAUGGGCUGAUUCCAUAUUAUGCUCCUGAAAGAAAGAUGGAUUUCUCUGUAGGUGUUACUGACACCACAAGGGUAAACACACAGCCACGAUCAAUAGAUAUUUAAAGUACUGGAUAUUGUUGAGCCUGCUUUGUGGAAGGACGAACUGUGUUAUGAUUUUGCUACACAGAAAUUGUUCCUACUGAGUGCUAGAACUUCUGGUUUUUUUUCCUUUUUAUUUUUAUAAACUUCCUUCCAUAUUUAGAGGAACAGUUUUCACGUGGUUCAAGUAUUGAGCUCAAAUAAAAGGCAAGUUUCAGGGGUUUAUUACUCAAGUAAGUAAAUAAUUGCCAAAUGUUCCAAAGUAAUUAUAAGAUUUAAUUGCUGCAAAUAUUUUACAUAAAGGGCAAAACUGUGUGUUAAAACUUCAUUUGACCUAUUGUGAAGUUAAAUUAAAUGCGGUUUCAGAGAAUUUGAGACCUAAUCUCACAUGAAGUGCCAUCAGCUGAGAAGGAUUGCAGUGUAAUUUGGGAAUGUGUAGGUCACAUACUGGUCAAAUAUGUCAUUCCUUUUUCGGUAAACUAAUAUCGGUUCUUUCGAAAAGUCUUGUUUUGUUACUGUGUGUUACAUGGGAAACGGCGUAGAAUUCACUGAAGUGUUUGUGUUCAGAUUAUACGCUUCUUGUUUAUACAUUGCCGAGGUAAACUAUCAGUGCGUACUUUAAUUAGAGAAAUCGCUGCUUUCCUUGAACUGGUAAUCUACUUUGUGAUUUAAUAUAUGUGGCAAAAUCUUAUCCUACUGCAUUUUUUUCUGUCCUACUGAGUUUAACAGAAAGAACAAUGGGCAACGUAGUCCUUGGUUAAAUGAGUGUUGUCACAAAUACAACUGUCCUGUGCAAUAGUUGUACUCUAGAAAGAUGUUCAGAUAAUGUGUCAGAUAGUGCAGAAGUACAAAAUGUGCUUCUGAGUGGGUACAAAUUGAGUAUAUGGAGAAAAAUGAUAUUUGACUACAAACAUUUUUCAGCUCUAAGAUGAAUUGUAAAAUUCUGGAUUUUCCUUUAUUUUAAUAAACAGUUAUAGAAAAAAGUGAAAA